AUGAACUUUUGGCCCCUGUACCUCCAAUAAAUCCCCCUUAGUCUAAAGUUGUAAGAAUAUUAUUCUUAUUUAUUUUAAGAUUGACCAUUCUAUGUACAUAAUCAAGAAAUUUUGGAUCAUAAUUAGUCUCAUGUUUCUAUAUGAGCUAUCCUGGGUACCUGUUUGUUAAGUGUUAAAACUUUGUGCAAAACAAAACUUAUUUUCUUUAGCUCUUCAAUUUUGAUAAGAGACAUAUCAAUUUUGGUUUCAACUUUUCCUCUCCAUAUUUUAUCUAAAGAAAUAACAUUAUUUUAUAAUUAAAACUCUUAGUCACUCCUAUUAAUGAUUUGUUCAAACGUAUUUUCCUUGAAUUAAUGCAUCUCCAAUCUAAUUCUCCUUAAAUUGUCCUAAUUUUACCCUACUGUAUGAUUAAAUCAGAUUAAUUUGUAAAUUAGGGAUGAUCUUUUAGAGGUUUAGAAUUAAAGACGAAUCAAUUCAAGUAUAUCUGUAUCUACACUUUUCUAGUAAAGUCUAGACGCCUUUCAAUGGACUUAACAAAAAAAGUAUUCCUUGUUUCCGAUGACAAUUUUCUAUUAUUAAAUAGUUAGCAGUUUCCAAUUUUUCCAUCCUUUUUUUCGUGCUUAUUAGUUUACCAUUUACCACCGAAACUAUUAGUAUCCUAAAGCUGCUAUCUCAUUCUUAAUAUUGUAAUUUCUGUCCAUGUUCUAACUAGUGAAAAACAAUUUGGAUGUAACAGGAGCCGAGCUCAUCUUCCACAAAUUAACUCUUAUUCUCCUACUUUAACUGCCAUUCCAAUUCUUAUCUAUACCAUUUAAUAUUUUCAAACCAUUCUCCAAUAAAUUCAAAGUCAAUCUUGACAAAGGAUAAACUGGAAGGGAAACUCUUUUCUAUGACCUUAAUUAUUUCAUCAUCAGAAUUUUAUAAGGUUGA